CUAACCUGACCCGCUCGCCGAUCAUGGCAUUCGAUCGGAUUGCAAUACGACGGGACGGGACGCGCGAAUCGUCCGCUGUUCCUGGUGCCCUGCAGUUGACGAUGACACGCGGCUACGUCGCAGCGAUGAAAUAGCGAACGCUGUUGGCGAGGAGACACGUCGGUGGCAGCGAACGCGAAUGCGAGGAUGCCGAUAUCGGAGCGACGCGCUGACUAGAUUCGCCGAAAUGGAGUAAACUUUGCGUACGCGUGAAACGUAAAUAUACCCGUGACGAAACAACAACUUGACAACAUCCAAGUCCGGUGCUCGGUCUCUUCCUCUUCGUCGAGUCGAGAGAGCAGGAAAUAAAAAUGGAGGAGAAGAGCGGUAGUAGAAAUAUGGUAGAGGAUGAGGAGCUGGAAGAUACUGAAAACAUAAUAAUUAAUGAGGUAGAUGGCUUACCAAAUUUGCAUCCAAACUAUGGACAGCUAGAUCUGAAAUUUAAGAGAGAAAAAGAUGACACGAAUAUUAGAUCAAUUGAUGAGUUGGUUCAUGAUGAAGAUUUACCGACUUCUGUAAUUGUCACAAAUGUGGAUCCUCGAGUGUUUAAAGGCGACGAAUUGAAGGUGGCCAUAGAAAAUCUUUUCAAACAGUUUGGAGAAGACGCUACGUUUCAGUACUUCAGAUCUUUCAGAAGAAUGAGAGUAAACUACAAUUCCCCCAGUGCUGCAGCGAAUGCAAGGAUACAACUGCAUCAAACACAUUUUGGGGAAACUGAUAUUAAUUGUUAUUUUGCACAGCCAGUAACGCCAAUAGACAUGGAGGAUCAACAUCUUCAACCACCCGCGCUUACCAAACAAUUCCUCAUAUCUCCUCCAGCUUCUCCGCCGAUUGGUUGGAAGCCACGUGAGGAAGGAGAACCGCUCGUUAAUUAUGAUCUAUUAGCUGCUAUAGCUAAUUUAUCUGCAGGCGGCACACAUGAGAUACAUCCGGGUGGAUCGGGGCAACCAGGCAUAGUCGUGCACGUUUGCGAGAAUGCGAAUCCGAGCGCGAAAAACGCACCUCGCAUUCAACACACGCGGUGUCCGGAACAUUAAUUUCCUCCCAAUAUUCACGUCUUGAAUUUGUCAUACGAUUUGUUUCUAUGUCUCACAAAAAAAAAAUCAAAUUCAAGCAGGACCUAUAGCGAGCGAUUUUAAGUUAAUGUUACAUCAGAGUUACAAUUAAAACUGAUAUUGCAAAAAAAAAUUACAGCUCGAAACAAUACAGACAACGUAAUGUCCAGACAAUGUAAUGUCUGGUAUUUACCAAGCUUCCUGCGGGUAGCAGUGAUCUAUAAAUACUAAUGAUCUAUAAAUAUCCGUUGUUAUACAUUGAUCAAGAUAUAGAAUUUAUUUGUAUUUAUCCAUUAAGAAUUCGUGAAGAGUAUGCUUGUGCUCCAUUUCCUAAAAUCUACAUAAUGAAGAUCCGAGAAAUUUUGACCUACAUUGUUUUGGCCUACAUUGUUUCUAUGUUUCACUCAAUGUCAAUAAUUGCAUAUCGUGAGAAUCUGGUGAAUCCGAUCUGGUGAAGCUAACCAUUGAUGCGUCGACGAUCGUUGGAAUCGGUAUUAAGAGAUUUUGCAGUUCUACCUCUCAUUGUUGGUGUGUUAUUUGUAUUCUUAAACAGCACGUAAUGCAUAACAAUAUUGUUGUGAAUUCACAAAUGAUACUAAUGUUAGAAUAAUCGAUCGAAUCAAAAUAAUUCAACUCUGACAGCUUUCGUGAUUUAUCUGUUUUUUCUCGUAUAUCUCUUUCUAUCAGAAACAUCUUAAAGAUUAUAUCUCUUGAAUUUUUUAUUUCAUACUUUGCGUGCAUGCGGGAAAAAUCUACGGAAAUAUAUGGCAUUAAUAUAUAUGUGAUAUGUGUGUGUAUACGAAUGUAUUGUUCUAAAAUAAUCAUGUGGUUCUUCGUUCUGUGUUUUCCGUAGAAAGCUAGCUCACAUUAGCUUGAACGUUACAUGCUAUCUUAAAGCUAUAUCUCUAUGGUCUCUUGUUAAUAAAAUUUAUGAAAACUUGUUAUCACUCUGCUCUUCAAGAGGAUUAAGUUAGAAAAAAAAUAAGCUAUAGAGAGAUAUCGGUACGUAUGUGGUCAUAUCAGCGUUACUAAUUUACGCAGCGGCAGUGUGGUGAUUGUGUAUAUGUAUAUAUUGUUCUAUACGUGAAAACGUAUAUAAUUCCUGCAAGAUCUGUGACCUAAAAAUAAUUGUUGAAUAUUUAUAA